AUGGGCGAUGACUCAGAAUGGCUCAAAUUGUCGACUAUCGAUAAAAUCGAGAAUAAAUUAUGGAAAGCACGAGUAGCCGGUUACGAUGAAGCUAUAAAGUUAUUUCAAACUCAAACGUCAGACAAGAGUCCAGUUUUCAACGAUUAUCUUGGUUUACUUAAGAAGAUGGUGACGGAUAGCAACGCUAUUGCUCAAGAAAGAGCUCUCGAUGUUGUACUUGCUUUUGUUGAAAACGCUUCUGUUGCUCCUCGUGCUGCUGCUGACGUUUGUGAAGGAAUUCUCUUAAAAUGUCUUAAUGCUGCUCGAGCAAAAACGAAGGAAAAAGGCAUCGAGAUUCUUUUAUUUUACAUAGAAUUGGAGAGAACCGACAUCGUUCUUGAGGAAUUAAUCAAGGGCCUUUCUGCAAAACAACCAAAAACAGUGAUCAGCUGUCUUCAGACUCUCCGGAUGGCUCUAGCUGGUUUCGGUUCAAAGGUCAUUUCAAUCAAAUCAAUCCUCAAAGACACUCUUCGGUUACUAGAAGAUCGUGAUCAAACAGUGCGUAAUGAGAGCAAGGAAUUGAUAGUGGAAAUGUAUCGAUGGGCUGGUGCUCCAAUUAAAACUCAACUCUCGAGCCUCAAACCAGUUCAGUUGAAUGAAUUGGAAGCAGAGUUCGCUAAAUGCUCUGGUCAGAAACCUCUCCCUACGCGGUAUCUCAAAAGCCAGAAACCGAAAAAUCUUCCGCAGCAAAAUAAUAAUAAUGCUUCCGCACCAGGGGAUCAAGUUCUAGUUGAGGGAGUCUCUGAAGGCAAUGAUGAACCAGAAUUGGAUCCUUAUGAUCUUGCCGAUCCGGUUAAUAUACUCACAAAACUGCCGAAUGAUUUCUAUGAACAGAUUGAAGCUAAAAAGUGGCAAGAGCGGAAAGAAGCCUUAAGCUUGGUUGAAAAUCUCUCGGACGUGAUGAAAUUGGCCCCCGGUGAUUAUGGAGAAUUAAUGAAAGCUCUGAUUAAGAUUAUCUGCAAGGACACAAAUGUUAUUCUCGUUGGCCAGAGUGCGAAAAUUGUCGCCCAAAUUGCUAGUGGUCUCAGAAAGGGUUUCCAGCCCUAUGCUGGAGAUACUAUUCGGGCUUGUAUUGACAAAUUUAAGGAGAAGAAACCGGCCAUUCUGACGGCUAUUCGAAGCGCUGCAGAUGCGGCACUUAAAGCUACCUCUCUCGAUGCAGUUCAAGAGGACAUCAUUGCAGCUACUUCCAACAAAGUCCCCAGUGUGCGGGCGGAGAUCUGUAUGUUCCUAAAUCGAGCCUUCUCUAACAUGACAGUGGCGACGUUGAAUAAGAAGCUCUUGAAGGCUUUCGUAGGGCCUCUGAUCAAGUGCUCCUCAGAUACCACUGGGGAGGUGCGUGAAGCGAGUUUUGCAGCUCUGGGCACAGCGAUGUACGUGGUGACAGAGAAGAAUAUUACGCCCUUCUUGGCUGAUGUUGAUAGCAUACGAAUGGGAAGGAUUAAAGAAUUCUAUGAAAAGGCAGUGGAAGAGAAAAAGAAAGGUGGAAGUGGUGCUAGCGGUACUGUUGCUUCCGGUGCCCCAGCGACUGGGACAGCUGUCGAAACUUCGAAACCACCACCACCACCACAAAAGACCGGUAUUAAGGGCGGAGCCAAACCCGGUGGAGUCAAGAAAGAGGGCCAAGCAGUCGGAGGCACUGUCGCAUCAAAACCGCCGGCCAAAUCCAAAUCUGGUGCUUUACCUGCUGAAAAUGAACUUCCAAAGGAAUCGCUUAUGGGAGAUGAUGCUGUUGAAGCUAAACUCUCUGAUUUCUUUGGCGAAGGCCUACUCACCGAACUCGCGUCUUCUGUUUGGAAGGAACGUCUAGCUGCCAUGGAAACAGCUCAAUCGAAGAUUCGAUCAGCUGACGCCUCCCAGCUCUCUUGUCAACUAGUCUGCCGUUUGAUUAUGCGUAAACCCGGUCUAAAAGAUAAUAACUUCCAAGUGCUUCGGAUGCGAGUGGAGACAAUUACAGAGAUCUUGCAGGCACGAAAACCCGUUAGCAAAAUCCAUGUUGAACUUCUACUGCCCGACCUAAUUGACAAGAUUGGUGAUGUGAAGGUGGGAGAAGCUGUGAAACAGGCGCUCACUGCGUUAGCAGAAGCUACGACAUUUGACAUUGUCGGUUGUCAGGUUCUCGGUGCCGCGAUUCAACAAAAGAGUCCCAAGAAUCAAGUUGAAGCCAUCAAUUGGCUUUCUAACGCUAUCAAGGAAUUCGGAUUCAAUGUUUAUUUAUAUUGUAGAUUGAAUCCAAAACAGACAGUGGCUUCCCUCAAGACCGGUCUGGGAGCAACUAACGCUCAAGUUCGACAGGCUUGUAUUCAACUCUCUGGUGUGCUCUAUCUCUACAUGGGCAAUACCCUCCGUGUCCUGAUGGCCGACGAGAAAUCAGCAAUUGUUACAGCGAUGGAAGAGGAGUGGAACAAACUUGGUGACGCCAAGCCCCCUGCUCCUACUCGAGGUGCUCAGAUUCAGAAGAGGGACUUAAUUGACGAUGAAGCUGAGGAACAAGCGGGUGAAUCAGAAGCUGCUGCAUUGGAUGUUGAAGAAAUGGUCGAUAGGACUAACAUCAGCUUUAAAAAUGCUAUUUGA